GCCUGGGGCCGCUGCAGCCGGGGCCGAGCCGCCGGGAUGCUCAGGGCGCCCGAGCCGCGGCCCGGGGAGCUGGGGGCGGCCAGCUGCAGCCCCCCGGCGGUGCCGCCCUCCCAGUCCAAGCCGCUCACCUCCUUCCUCAUCCAGGACAUCCUACGGGACGGCCCGGAGCGGCGCGGCGGCCACGGAGACAGCUCCCAACCCCGGCGCCUUCCGCAGCUCCCGCGCCGUUCUGCCCCGAAGCGAGACCCUGAGCCCGAGCCUGGAGGCGGAGGAGGCGGCGCCGGGUCGCCCGAGGACGAGCCGAGCGCCCGGCCCCAAACUGCGCCGGGGGAAGCCGAGACGCCGGCGGAGACGGAGCCAGAUAGGCACUUGGAGACUUAUCCGUCGGACUGUGAAAACACUUCGGGCGCCUCGCGGGGCCUUCCCCAACCCUCCAAGCAGCCACAGAAGCGCUCGCGUGCUGCCUUCUCGCACACUCAGAUCAUUGAGCUAGAGAGGAAGUUUAGCCGCCAGAAGUACCUGUCAGCCCCGGAAAGGGCUCACCUGGCCAAGAACCUCAAGCUUACCGAGACCCAAGUGAAAAUAUGGUUCCAGAACAGACGCUAUAAGACCAAGCGAAAGCAGCUCAGCUCGGACCUGGGCAACCUGGAGAAGCCCUCCUCCUUGCCAGCUCUGAAAGAGGAGGCCUUCUCCCGGGCUUCCCUGGUCUCCGUGUAUAACAACUAUCCUUACUACCCCUACCUGUACUGCUUGGGAGGCUGGAGCCCGGCUUUCUGGUAACGCCAGCUCAGAUGGCAACCAUGUGUGACCACAAUCUGCCUUCCCCAGGCUGUCUCUCUGGAAGGCCAAAGUGGCCAGGUGAGGGAGGACCCGGGAGCAAGGGGCGUGCAGACCAAAACUGUUGGAGAUUUGCAUGGAAAUCCCAGAGUCUUCGCUGGUGGACCAAUGAAAGAUCUGGGACAGUGAAUAAUUUAAUAUCCAAAUAGUUCCUGUACACAUAAUGUGGGUCGUUUUUGCUCUUCAAGACCUGCUGUCAGUGGGAAGGAUAAAAUCAGAUGCUGUUUCUAGCACUUAGGAUGAUUUUGUCUGAGCUGUCCACAUCACUUCCGAGGAUUCCAUUCCUGCAGCUUCAUCCUCCUGUGUAACUGAGUGUCGAUGCCGAAAGAGCAAACCUGGUGGGGGCAAGGACAGCCAGGAUGAGGAUCAUCUACUACUGAGUUAAGCUGAAGUUCAGAGGCCUCUCGUUAGCCUUGGAAUAUGACCAACGUUUCUCUCCAUCCCUGUUAGAGAAAUCUCGCAGAGAAACCGUCAUGCUCAGUGCAGAUUGGCAGAGGCUAUGGGGGUGGGUAGGAGGAGAUGAAAAUAUAAGCUUCUGUUAUUCCUUUUUAAGUAAUAUGCCAACUUAAGUAUUUACAGGGUGGCCCAAGUAGAACAAGAAGCACUCACCGUGGUUUUAAGACAAGCUGUAUAAACAGAACUCUACCGCGAGGGUUGGGCCCGGAGCAGGGCUGAGGAACAGUGCCGGGCUCCUGCGGGGGGGGCAUUGCAGUUCAUUAGCAAAAGGUAGAAAUGCCUCUUCUGGACUUUUUUGUGCUGGGCCUGAGAAUUUAGAAUGAGAAGUUCCUGGGGUUUUCAGGCUGUAAUUCGUACCACAUAAUGACAGAUCACAGACUUCUUUACUGUGAGCUCCUUCCUUCCCGCCUUCUUGUAGUUUUUGUUCCUUUUCCACAGCAAUCACCCACUGAAGGGCUUCUUUUCAGUCCAGACUUUUACUCUGGCUGCACCUAACAGUUGCCUUCCUAUUUAGCCUGAGAUCUGGUCUACCUUUUUUUUCCCAAAGCUUCAUCUCUCCUGGGUUAAAAAAAAAAAAAAGUAGGGGGCAGAUUCUGAAUUGGCUCAAAGACAUGCAUUUUUUUUACACUAGCCAUUCUUAUUUCUUUCCUUUAAAAAUAUACAACAUUAAAUCCCAAAUCCUAUUUAAAGACUUGACACUCUAGAAGGUCACUACCGCUUUCCUAGGACUUUCUGGUGGCCCUGUUGUUACAGUUUAAAGUCUGCCCACCUUUUGGGAUCCCUGCAGCAGAGGGGUGGGAGGCCCGGGCUUUCCCACAAGAGGAAGAGCACGGUGCAGGAGGACGCCUCGGUGCCGGGAGCCGUCUGGCCGAAGUCAAGGGCUUGUGCGUGGGGCCUGGGGAAAAAGCCCCUAGGCCUUGCAGAGCCCGGCCCCUGAGCAAGCUGACGGGCUGAUAGCCCUUCACAGGAAAAGGCUAAUGAAAAGGAAAUAGUUUCCAAAACAACGUUUUUGUGGCUUCCAUCACCAAACGAUGCAACUGUCCAGAUACUUUGGCCACUGUGUUUAACGCCAAUAAAAAAUGGGUCCCCAAAAUGAGUCACUUGUGACUUCAGAGGGAAUGAGAAGAGGGCAAAGGAGGAAGGUGGCCACCCUUCUGUUUUCAUCCUGCUCUCUCAGGUGACCUGGUAGAGAGAAGAUGUCAGAAUAAAAAAAGCCAGUUAGAAUGAGGUGCCCUGAGGCCUGGAAAUCUCUUGAUCCCACUACUUAAUUCUGUUUCGUGAGAAACCUUUCAAUUUCCUCCUGUUAAAAGGGCCAAUUCACUGUUGGUGGCAAAACUGCCAAAGUGGAUAGAAAGUUGGCCCGUUUCUCCCCAUUUUCUAUGGUUGGGGCUCCACGCUGAAAUACUGUUAAAUGCCCUGCUGCCAACAGCACUAGCGGCACCGAAGGCAGAGAAGCCUGAACUGCUUGCUCCUUUUCACAGGGCUUUUCAGAUAAGCAUUCGGCACUCCUCUGCUCAGUGCCCGCGGCUCCCACCCUCAGACUUUAAUUCUUUCAGCCUGCAGUUCUGCAAGUGUUCAACAUUUUACUGUGAGGUAUAUUGUGUUGCAAAAAAAAAAAAAAAAAAAAGUCUUAGUUUAAAGUUAUUUGAUUCGUGAAUCCAUCCUGCUUUUCUCCCAUUGGAACUGGUCACUCACCCAUAUCUGAACUGGUAAAACAACAUUUGAAGAACCAGUAUGUCGGUGUCUGACAGGUGAGCUGGAGGGUGUCUCGGACCACUUCACCCGGACAGCCUGUUUCUAUCUUGUUGAAGACAUUAGUUUGGGUUCUCCACAUGCGUAACACGCUCUGCUCUGAUCUCUAACAUAAAAGCCUGUGACUUGAAGUUCAGUCAAGCAUCCCAGCCAAACUUUAUUUUUCUAUGUAUUUUUUGCAACAUAUGAGUGUU